AUGGAAAGUAACAUCUGUACAGUACCGGGCCAAGUUAAAUUUUUCAAUAAAGAUUCACAAGAACUAUCAAAAGAAGACAUCGUACAUCAACACCUUAAUACCCUUCAAGAAUGGGAAGAUUUUUAUUACACGUACUCCCAAUGGAUGGGGUUUAGUGUUCGAAAAGAAGAUGUUCGCCGCGAGAAGGCCGAUAACUCAGAGUGGCAAAGAAAAUGGGUUUGCUCGAAACAGGGCUUCAGAAGAGAGAAGUGGAAAAACCUAACUAACCGAAAGAAAACACCCAGAGCCAUUACUAGGACAGGUUGUCUCGCAGUACUCCGAGUAAACUUGGAUAGGUCGGAUAACACGUGGGUAGCGAAAGACUUUAACCCAGUUCAUAAUCAUGACCUAGCUGCAAAGACAGAGCUACAUUUCCUGCGAUCCAACCGAGCUAUACCAGAAUGUAUAGGUGCAUAG